AGAAAAAUCCUGAUGAGUAUAUAAAAUCAACUGCUAUAAUGAUAUUUCCAAAUGAAGAUGCUUAUGAAAGAAGAAUGAAAAAACGUCCUAUGACUGAAGAUGAAAUUAGCAAAACAAUAGAAGAGCUAAUUGCGUAUAAUGAUGAAUAA